GCCCGCCCCGAGAGCCGCGGGAGGGCCGUGGGCGGGCGGUCCCGUGACGGCUCGGUGCGCACAGACGGUGGCCGGCAGGGCAGGGCCGGGCGCGGAGCGGGUGCCGAGCGCGCCGCGGGAGGAUGGCGGAGCCGCACGGAAAUGCUCCAAAAGCUGUAGUAACCUUAGUAAGGUGAACGGCCGCGUUGACUAAAAUUGCGACUGGGCGUGAGCUGCACAGCAAUUCAGCAGAACUGAAGUUUGGUGAAACUGUGUUGCUGCUUCGCUUGUCCAUCCUAUUUAGGAACAGAAAUACUAAUACGGAGCAUUUGACCUGAUCUCUACAGCUGGAUCUCCUGAUAGCAGGAUUAGGAAAGAGUGCCUUCAGAACCAAUAUGUAGCAAAUGGGUGUCACACCUCUGAAGCUCCCCUCUGGCUUCAGCAUUUGCGUGUUUUAAGGAUCCUUGUUGCCUCAGCAUUGAAUUGUUCUUGUGGACUUCAGAAACAGAUUUCAUGUGGUGCUUGCUGAACGUUGAGUCACCAUGAGUAGUAAUCUAGGAAAAGAAAAGGACUGUAAAGAGAAGGAUCCAAAAGUCCAAUCAUCAAAAGAAAGGGAGAAGGAGGCAAAGGCCUCCGGAGGAUUUGGGAAAGAGAGCAAAGAAAAGGAGCCUAAGACCAAAGGGAAAGAUGCCAAAGAUGGAAAGAAGGACUCCAGUAGCACGCAGCCUGGGGUAGCUUUUUCAGUGGACAAUACGAUAAAAAGACCUAAUCCUGCCACAGGUACUCGCAAAAAAUCCAGCAAUGCUGAAGUGAUCAAAGAGCUCAAUAAAUGCCGGGAGGAGAAUUCUAUGCGCUUGGACUUGUCCAAGAGGUCUAUACACUUGCUUCCAUCAGCUGUCAAAGAGCUAACGCAGCUGACAGAACUUUAUUUAUACAGUAACAAACUGCAGUGCCUGCCAGCCGAGGUGGGCUGUCUGGUGAACCUGGUGACGCUGGCUCUGAGUGAAAACUCACUCACCAGUUUGCCUGACUCUCUGGAUAACUUGAAGAAGCUGCGCAUGCUUGACCUGCGGCACAACAAACUGCGAGAAAUCCCCUCGGUGGUGUACAGGCUCAGCUCCCUGGCCACGCUGUACCUACGCUUUAAUCGCAUAACUACUGUGGAAAAGGAUAUCAAAAACUUGUCAAAACUCACCAUGCUUAGCAUACGAGAGAACAAAAUCAAGCAACUACCUGCUGAAAUUGGUGAGUUGUGUAACCUCAUAACGCUGGAUGUAGCGCACAAUCAGCUUGAACAUCUUCCAGAGGAGAUUGGAAGCUGCACGCAGAUCACCAACCUUGACUUGCAGCACAAUGAGCUCCUGGACCUGCCAGAAACCAUAGGAAAUCUGUCCAGUCUAAGUCGUCUUGGCCUGAGGUACAAUAGGCUGUCAGCAAUUCCCAAGUCUUUAGCAAAAUGCAGUGAACUUGAUGAACUGAACUUGGAGAACAACAACAUUUCUACUUUACCAGAGGGUCUUUUAUCCAGCCUUGUCAAACUGACUAGUUUAACAUUGGCCAGGAACUGCUUCCAGUCCUAUCCUGUGGGUGGCCCGUCCCAGUUCUCCACAAUCUACUCUCUCAAUAUGGAGCACAACCGCAUCAAUAAAAUCCCCUUUGGAAUUUUCUCCAGAGCUAAAGUAUUAAGUAAGCUGAACAUGAAGGACAAUCAGCUGACGUCUCUCCCCUUGGACUUUGGGACUUGGACAAGUAUGGUGGAACUGAAUUUAGCGACGAACCAGCUCACAAAAAUCCCUGAGGAUGUCUCUGGGCUUGUUUCUCUUGAGGUUCUUAUCUUGUCAAACAAUCUCCUUAAGAAACUUCCCCAUGGAAUUGGAAAUCUACGGAAACUCCGAGAGUUAGAUCUAGAGGAAAACAAACUGGAAUCCUUGCCAAAUGAAAUAGCUUACCUCAAGGAUCUGCAGAAAUUGGUUCUGACUAACAAUCAGCUGACCACCCUUCCCAGAGGAAUUGGUCACCUUACCAAUCUGACGCACCUUGGGCUUGGAGAGAACCUUCUCACACACCUUCCUGAGGAAAUUGGUACACUGGAGAAUCUGGAAGAACUGUAUUUGAAUGACAACCCCAAUCUGCACAGCCUUCCCUUUGAGCUGGCUCUUUGCAGCAAACUGUCAAUAAUGAGUAUUGAGAACUGCCCGCUCAGCCACCUUCCACCUCAGAUUGUUGCAGGAGGACCCUCCUUCAUCAUCCAGUUCCUAAAAAUGCAGGGACCAUAUCGUGCCAUGGUCUGAUGCUCAUCGACUUGUCCAAUACACUGUACAAAAUACAAACUGCAUUAAUGUUGUAAUUGUCUGUAUAUGUAUAUAUAAUAUAAUAUAUGUGGUUUAUAUUAUAUUAUAUAUAUAUAAAUAUAUAAAUAAUAUAAAAAGGCAAAUUUAAGACUGCAUUAUGUGUUUCUGCUAAUAGAGGAAUCAUAGCCAUUUAGAUUUGUUUUUUAAUUCUGUAAAAAUGCUUGUCUAAGUUUUCUUUGCUGAACUUGAUGGAAAUUGUCUGAAUAAUCUGAAAAUGCCAGUUCAUUUAAAGCAAUUGCCAAUGAACUCAAAGUUUAAAUUUAAGGGAUAAAACCAGUUUUGCUUAGAUUUACUUUCAGUUAAGAGAAAUGUAUAACCUUUAUAUAACGAACUUUUCUGUUUUGCUCCCCCCCCCCCUUUUUUUUUUUUGUGUCAAAACCUGAAAGGGUCACGUCCCCUGAGGUUGGUAUUUUCUUUUAACUUAUUUUGAGAUUUGAAGCAAAUGGUGUUUUUAUAUUGUUUACAGUCAGAGUAAAUCACUGGAUUUUGUUUUAUUCUGAUUUGCUCUGUUUUAAUCAAUCAUAUCUAGAGUUUAUAUGCCUCUGCUGAUGAAUUUUUAUCAACCAGUUUGUAUACUAAAAACAUACUCAUCAGAACAACUGGCAGGUGAAAAGGAUGCAGUCAAAACAAAAGAAAAGAAAAAAAAAAAGCUUGAAUUCCUUUAAAUCUUGCUUCCCUGAAUUAUCAGUUGCAGGCAUAACAUAUCUGAACUGAGCCUUUUGCAGUUGAUCUUUUCUAGCACAAGUAAACCUUUUCAGAUUGGUAAAAAUGUGGAGUAUCCUCAGUGAAGAGCGGUUUUCAUUGUGUGAAGUAACAAGUCCAUGAGGUCUAACAGUACAGUUAAGUGGCAAGGAAAUAAUAUAUAUGUACAUUUUUAUUACAAUGUUGAGUCAUAAACUACAACAGGCAAUUUUAAGGAUUCCUUAUAGACCUUGUACAAUAAAUGAAUGUGUCUUACUUUUAAACACUGCAAUAUAUAUAAGUUUUAAGGUUGGUUAACAAUGUACUAUGGUUUUAUAUCUUGACUUGCCUUGUACCUCCUUCCAUUAUGGAACUUCUGUGUCCAAGCACAAUAUCUUCACACUGUGCUGUUUUGCUGCUGAACUAAAUGCACUUUUCCCCACAGCUGGGGCACUUGCUUCAAAAUAUUCAGUUCAGUAUCUUGAUUAUUCUUUUUUAACUUCAUCCUAUCUGUUUCAGUAUUAAACCGAUCUGUUAAAAAAGAGGCACCUUUUUCAUUUGUGCAGAGAUGUUGGUAGCUCAAGAAACACUGUAAGUAGUGGACAUUCAGUUUUACCAUGAAUUUCUUGGCUGUUUAGAAGGCAGAAGAUGCUUCAGGGAGAUUUUCACUAUUGCUGCACUUGCAGUUGUCCAUUUUCAGGAGGGUAAGAACUCGAGGCAGUCACAUUCCAUGGUUACCCAGGAACUGUUCUGUUUAUACUUACUGGAAUUGCUGCUGGGCUAGUGUGACUUACAGGGCUGUAGCUUUUGCACAAAAUCAAAUCAAUGGAUGCCAUGGGAAAUCUGUUUCACAUGCAGAAGUUUGGGAAUAUUAUUUCUGGCUUUCAGGUGUGCUUAUUUAAACAUAUUUCCUCAAUCUACUUGCAUUUUGUUUUGUUGUAUGUCUUUUCGUUAACAAGGAGUAAGUUUUAAAUGGAAGGCAGGUGGAGAUAUAAAACCUUAGAGGGCUUAAACGUGCUGUAAAACUAUUGUAGAUGUCACUGGAUUUUAAUAAGUAAUGUUCUGUUCUUU